AUGUCAAUCACCCAACCCCUCUCCCUCGAACCCAACGCUCUUUAUAUCCUCCUCCUCGAUCUAGGCGGGAGCUGCCUCUUCGAAUGGAAACUAUACCUCUCCUCAACACCCACAAUGGGCCGAACCUUCCACAUAACCAACGAGACAGGCCCGAUAGCCUGGCAAUACAAAACCGAAGUCGUAUACAACAUAGCAAGCAACAUGCGAGUGGUGCUAGCGCUGAAAAUUGGCGUCGUCGAGCCUGUACUGCACGCUGCACUGGGAGCACGUCUGGCACUCGUCCCAUUAGCGCUGUACUCCGCUCGAUUCCGAGAGGGCCUUUGUUGCCGCGUGUGGGUCCAGGAAGCGCUUUUUGCUUUGGAUGAUGAGGGCUAUCUGGGUCUUGCUAGGAGCGUUGUUGAUAUCGAGCAGGAGGGUAGGCAGAUUGGGAUGCUUAAUAAAAGUCGGGGGACUAGGUCGGUGGUUAGGAGUAGUGGGUUUGUUGGGUAA